AUGUCAAACACCACAACUACACAGAACACAUCGGGGAAUUAUCAUCCAUCAGACACCACAACUACACUGAACACAUCGGGGAAUUAUCAUCCAUCAGACACCACAACUACACAGAACACAUCGGGGAAUUAUCAUCCAUCAGACACCACAACUACACUGAACACAUCGGAGAAUUACCAUCCAUCAGACACCACAACUACACAGAACACAUCGGAGAAUUACCAUCCAUCAGACACCACAACCACACUGAACACACCGGAAAAUUACCAUCCAUCAGACACAACAACUACACAGAACACACCGGUAAAUUACCAUCCAUCAGACACCACAACUACACAUAACACAUCGGAGAAUUACCAUCCAUUAGACACCACAACUACACAGAACAUAUUGGGGAAUUACUUUCCAUCAGACACCACAACUACACAGAACAUAUUGGGGAAUUACCAUCUAUCAGACACCACAACUAUACAGAACACAUUAGCGAAUUACCAUUCAUCAGACACCACAACUAUACUGAACACAUCGGCGAAUUACCAUCCAUCAGACACCACAGCUACACUGAACACAUCGGAGAAUUACCAUCUAUCAGACAAAACAACUACACAUAACACAUCGGAGAAUUACCAUCCAUCAGACACCACAACUACACAGAACAUAUUGGGGAAUUACUUUCCAUCAGACACCACAACUACACAGAACAUAUUGGGGAAUUACCAUCUAUCAGACACCACAACUAUACAGAACACAUUAGCGAAUUACCAUUCAUCAGACACCACAACUAUACUGAACACAUCGGCGAAUUACCAUCCAUCAGACACCACAGCUACACUGAACACAUCGGAGAAUUACCAUCUAUCAGACAAAACAACUACACAUAACACAUCGGAGAAUUACCAUCCAUCAGACACCACAACCACACUGAACACAUCGGAAAAUUACCAUCCAUUAGACACUACAACUACACAGAACAUAUUGGGGAAUUACUUUCCAUCAGACACCACAACUACACAGAACAUAUUGGGGAAUUACCAUCUAUCAGACACCACAACUAUACAGAACACAUUAGCGAAUUACCAUUCAUCAGACACCACAACUAUACUGAACACAUCGGCGAAUUACCAUCCAUCAGACACCACAGCUACACUGAACACAUCGGAGAAUUACCAUCUAUCAGACAAAACAACUACACAUAACACAUCGGAGAAUUACCAUCCAUCAGACACCACAACUACACAGAAUACAUCGGAGAAUAACCAUCCAUCAGACACCACAACUACACAGAACACAUCGGAGAAUUACCAUCCAUCAGACACCACAGCUACACAGAACACAUCGGAGGAUUACCAUCCAUCAGACACCACAACUACACAGAAUACAUCGGUGAAUUACCAUCCAUCAGACACCACAGCUACACAGAAUACAUCGGAGAAUUACCAUCCAUCAGACACCACAACCACACUGAACACACCGGAAAAUUACCAUCCAUCAGACACCACAACCACACUGAACACACCGGAAAAUUACCAUCCAUCAGACACCACAACUACACAGAAUACAUCGGAGAAUUACCAUCCAUCAGACACCACAACUACACAGUAUACAUCGGAGAAUUACCAUCCAUCAGACACCACAACUACACAGAACACAUCGGAGGAUUACCAUCCGUCAGGCACCACAACUACACAUAACACAUCGGAGAAUUACCAUCCGUCAGGCAUGGAGUUCAGCUUAAACCAUCCUCCGAUUUAUGAACGAGAAAUUGGGUUCGGACAGACAACGAUUUCAAAAAUCAGUUUGAUUUUUAUCAUCUAUUAUGGAACAUGUAACGGAUAUGAAAAUGAAAAUUGA